AUGGAGGCCAUAAAGAAGAAGAUGCAGAUGCUGAAGCUGGACAAGGAGAAUGCCCUGGACCGGGCAGAGCAGGCGGAGGCCGAGCAGAAACAGGCGGAGGAGAGGAGCAAGCAGCUGGAGGACGAGCUUGCUGCCAUGCAGAAGAAGCUGAAGGGGACGGAGGAUGAGCUGGACAAAUACUCUGAGGCCCUGAAAGACGCCCAGGAGAAGCUGGAGCUGGCAGAGAAGAAGGCAGCAGAUGCUGAGGCAGAGGUGGCAUCUCUGAAUCGCCGAAUCCAGCUGGUGGAGGAGGAGUUAGACCGAGCCCAGGAGCGCCUGGCCACGGCGCUGCAGAAGCUGGAAGAGGCAGAGAAGGCUGCAGAUGAAAGUGAAAGAGGCAUGAAAGUCAUUGAAAACCGAGCUCUGAAGGAUGAGGAGAAGAUGGAACUGCAGGAGAUCCAGCUGAAGGAAGCCAAGCACAUUGCAGAGGAGGCGGAUAGGAAGUAUGAGGAGGUUGCUCGGAAACUGGUGAUCAUAGAAGGGGAUCUGGAACGUACUGAAGAGAGAGCUGAGCUUGCAGAGUCUAAAUGUUCCGAGCUGGAAGAAGAGCUGAAGAAUGUCACCAACAAUCUCAAGUCUCUUGAGGCUCAGGCUGAGAAGUACUCCCAAAAAGAGGAUAAAUAUGAAGAAGAGAUCAAGAUCCUGACUGAUAAACUCAAAGAAGCAGAGACCCGCGCCGAGUUUGCCGAGCGGUCUGUGGCCAAGCUGGAGAAGACUAUUGAUGAUUUGGAAGAUGAGCUCUAUGCCCAGAAACUGAAGUACAAAGCAAUUAGUGAGGAACUGGACCACGCCCUGAAUGACAUGACUUCCAUAUAAGCUGAAAUCCACCAAAGAGGAGCAUCUCUGCACGCAACGAAUGCUGGACCAGACCCUGCUAGACCUGAACGAGAUGUGAGGGAUCCCCACCCCUGCCACCCCCCCCGGGGUCCCUGCUGCCCUCUAACCCUGGGGGAACCAGACUUGACUUUUUCUGUUGCCAACUUGACCAAACACAAACCUUCUCCUUCGCCUCAGGGUUAAAGGCCACCGGGUUGGGCCAGAGCUUCAAACAGCAUCAUUAAGGGAAAUAAUCAAUGCAAUAAUCAUGGCUGGGGAGCAUGUUUGAGGUGUCUGCACUUUGUAGCCACCUUGGCUUUGUUCU